AUGGGGCCAGGCCGACUCCCUUCUUAUAUCUGGUGGCGCCGUCGGAGAGGAAAACCAGAGCCUGGAAAGCCAACGGCAGCACCCACAGACACUCCCUCCUCCGCCCUCCGAAUCUCACCUCCUUUGCUUCUACUUUGACCCUUCCAUGGCUCCCACUUUAAGCUCGGAAGCAGUCGCGACCGUGGACGUCCACGCCGCGAAACGUCUCAUGUGCUCCGGCCACCGCUACUUGGACGUCAGGACCGUGGAGGAAUUCAACAAGGGCCAUCUAGAGAACGCCAUAAACGUCCCGUAUCUGUUCUUCACCCCACAAGGAAGGGAGAAAAAUUCGAAGUUUGUGGAGCAGGUGUCGUUGGUUUGCAACAAGGAUGAUCACAUAGUUGUGGGAUGUCAGAGUGGAAUGCGAUCCCUCCCAGCAACCGUGGAUCUUGUCAACGCUGGUUUCAAGCACGCAAAGAACAUGGGAGGUGGUUAUGCCGCAUGGGUGGAGAACGGGUUUGUCGUGAAGAAGCCCAAGGGAGAGCUGCAGUGAUCGCGUUACGUUUAAGUUGGCCGUCCAUUGCGUAUGCGUACGUCUAAUUAUGAAAUAAAAUAACUAUUAAACUAAUAUUAGCUAAUAAACCUCAGGUUGACUCUCCGUGAGCUCACUUGCUGUUGCAACCUUUCAUGAUUUUUGUAUAAUUAUUUUGUUUUCGAGAUGCAGUGCCUGUAUUUUAGUUGGAUUGUUUUCUGGUUUUGUUGGUCGUGGAAUAUGAGCUCCAUUGUACCAACCAAAAAAAAAAAAAAAGUUAGAUUGAUGGGUUGGCCUUAGUAAUGAUAAUAUAGCCACUUUUGCUUUGCUA